UCAUCAUUUUGUUGUCCGUCUUUUAGAUUUCAACUCAAAGAAGAAGACGAUCAGAUCUAAUUGAGUCAAGAGAGAGAUAUGUUUGGGAGGCUGAGACCGCCGCCAUCGUCGCCGGACUGUUUGGAGAGAUAUCCGGCGAAAAUCAUCAAAGACGAUCCUCUCUCCGUCUACGAGUCAACACUGUUGAAGCUUAAGCAAGGAUCAAAACUGGAGACUUCAUCAGAAACAGAGGGCGAGGAGAAUAUGUCAUCAUCAUCGUCUCAGGUCUUCUCUUCGGAUUCAAAAUCAGGAGACACUCAUGAUGCAACAAUGGCUAUAGACUCGAGUGAAAGUUCGAAACAGUUGAAGAACAAGAACCCAUCUGUACUAUCCAUGUUUUGCAAGUACAAGAAUCAAGCUCAAGCACGAAACAUGAAGACAAAGACGACUCAAGAGUGAUAUGUAAACACAUAGUUCAUAUGUAUUGAUUGUACUUUGAUUAUGUACAACUUAACUAGACAACUUUGUUUUGUAAGGAGUCUAUAGAAAAUAUGUAAUUU